UGCAGGGCAUGGCAUUGUCACGAGAUACCCGUAUCAGGUACGUUCCCAGUCGAGCAUCGCAGUGAAGACGUCCGAUCAGCAUCACAUGGGCUCUUGCGCCAUCGCCUUCAAUAAUGGGGCUCGGUCGCGCUGCUUGUCCUUGUCAGCCUUAUAAUUCAUCACAUCUCGAGAAGUCAUUUGACGCUCCACAUCAUGCUCCUCGCUCUCGUGUUCGUUUAUUACUUCAGUCAGCGCUCAGUCGCCGCACCCAUCUCCGACGUUCAGUCAGUCGAGGACAUCUCCCCAUCCUGCGAUAAACUCAGCGACUGUCGAACGCUCCUGAGCAUCGUGUCCAGUUGCUUCGCCACCAUCAUUGCAUGCGUCUGGACUGCUGUUCACCCCGACAUUCCGCCGUACGGAGAGGAUCCCUGGUGGCAGACGUUUCGCCGCAUGUGGUUUACCAUUAGCGCCAUCAUUGCACCGGAGAUAUACAUUUUCACAGCGACGUUCCAAUAUUUGAACGCUCGUAGUAUAGCUCGGAUGAAUGUGUUCAAAGAGCAUGGCUGGACGACUACUCAUGGCUUCUUUGUUCUGAUGGGAGGGUUUGCGUUAUGCGACCCGUCGGAACACAGCACAAAGCAGCUCGACUACUAUAAAUUAAUCUGCCUCAUCGAAAACAACGAAAUAAACUUCCCACAUAUAUCGAAGGAGGAAAUCCAAGACAGAAGCAAAGCAAACUGGCUGUCUAAAAUGGCCGCAGUCGUUCAGACUUGCUGGUUCACGCUGCAGGUCAUCGCCCGUCCCAUCGAACGCCUCCCUAUCACGGAGCUAGAAAUCUUUACCGCAAGUUACACAAUUAUGGCGAUUGCCAUGUAUGCGUUAUGGUUUGCGAAGCCAUUCUGCAUUGACGUAUCAAUUGUCCUUCAUAAAAAUCCGAACGCUAUUACGGCCAUAAUGGAUGCUCUGGCCCGCAGUAUCGCGAAUGCGGCGGAUGCACCGAACCUGCAAAGAACAGUGGAGGAGGCAGAUCAUCCGACAAAUACAAACGAGGUCGAGCUUGGUCUACUGGACAAUUAUUCGCGCUCUACUGCCGUCCACUCCCACCUCGGGUCGAAGACAUCAAGACAUUGCCACUCCGUUCAACGUGAGGAAAGGACGUGCUUACAGAACCUGAUUCAUCCGCUGAGGCUAAUCUGGAACUCAGCAUACGAACGCAUUCGUGGGCCCAUUCAUGCACAUAUCAAAGCCAUUCGAGACAAAAAAAACUCAUUUCAUCGUGGGCUGCCGCGUGCGGUCUUGGCGGUCAUUUGGCCGCUACUGGUCGUGCUGUACAUCAUAUUGGCCCCCUUCUUCUUUAUCUUUGCUCCACUUACUUUUGAACAAUGGUGGCAUGGAGGCUCCUCAUUAGAUGACACAAUCAGCGAUGCGGUACUAAGCGCAGCCGUUACAUCCUGUGCAGUUGUUGUGCCUAUACUGUUUGGACUCAUCCAUUGCACUGCAUGGUAUUCCCAUUUUCCAACGGUCACUGAGCAAUACCUUUGGCGAGUACUGUCGCUUGUGAUCACGUAUUCUCCUGUCAUUGUGGUGUGUAUGGCCGGUAUCGGAGCAAUAUCUCAAUCAGUGCCUUUACCUAAAAUAGUGAAAAUUGCGUUGGAACAGUUCUCAACUAUCCUCGUUAUCAUCACCACCUUACUAUACGUCCCCUCCCGACUCAUCCUCCUGGCCAUCGCAUUCACCACUCUCCGCGAGCUUCCUCCCGGCGCAUACAAGACCAUCUCUUGGGUAGAACUCAUUCCGCACUUCUAGGUACCACAUCAUUCCACCGUAUAUUUUAUUGCGCCCCACGUAUGUAUCCCCCCGUCACCCAUCUCAGUACGUUCUUACCUGUCUCGGUCUAUGUACUACUAUUGCAUACCUCGCUUUUUCCUUGCCGCAUAAAUCUGAUAUUUAUCCGCAC